AUCUCUCUAUACACCCCCUCAAGCUCAAGGUGUCAUGGAGUGAAGGCUUGAGAUUGAUACGACUGAAGAAGCAUUACGCUUGAACCAUGUUAUUAGACGGAUAUACCGUAAAAGGCCUUGGAGAAGGCACGAGGAAGCAAAUAGCUUAGAGAAGUCGUGAACGACUUAAAAACUUAUGAUCAACUUUGGAUCAGGAACGACAUAAGUCCUUGAGAAGCAUAUAGCUUAAAGAAGUAAUGGUGACUUGACCAGAUCGACAAAGAUGGCAUGCAGAAAUAUGCAAAAAGGCACACAUAUGGAGGAGUCUCGAGUCGAGAGGCGGCGGAGCUGGUUCGUGUUGGAGCAGCGGCAACAGAGCUUUUCUUCGUUGGAAGGCAGCUUGGCUAUGACUUGGUCGAAUCUCGGAGAGAUCAUGUCACCAUCAGCGUCUCCAGUGAUGAAGAUGGAAGAUCUCAUGUUGGUGAUAUUAUGAGAUCUCUCUAUAAUAGUGAUGAGAGUGAAAGUGAUAAACUUUCGAGAUGUGCUUCUGAGGAAGGACUUGACCAUGACGCUCUCUUGCAUCCUAAUGAUCGUUUGGGUUAUCUUUACCUCCAAUACUUUGAGAGAUCAGCUCCUUAUGCUCGAGUUCCUCUCAUGGAUAAGAUCAAUGAAUUGGCUCAAAGGUACCCUGGAUUGAUGUCGUUGAGAAGCGUAGAUCUUUCACCGGCAAGUUGGAUGGCGGUAGCUUGGUACCCAAUUUACCAUAUUCCAAUGGGAAGGACCAUCAAAGAUUUAUCCACUUGUUUCCUUAGUUAUCACACUCUUUCAUCUUCUUUCCAAGAUAUGGAGCCAGAAGAAAACGGUGGGGAAAAGGAGAGGACUCGAAAGGAAGGAGAAGGUGUAACUUUGCUUCCUUUUGGGUUAGCCACAUACAAGAUGCAAGGCAAUGUUUGGCUUUCAGAAGAUGAUCAAGGUCAAGAUCAAGAACGAGUUGUGUCACUUCUAAGUGUUGCUGAUUCUUGGCUAAAACAGCUAAGAGUCCAACACCAUGACUUCAACUACUUCUCAAGAAUGGCUCACCGUGGCUGAAACAAAAAAUCUGUUACUAUUACUGAUAAAAAUUUCAAAAGUAGAUUUUAUAUCUCUUUUUGUCUUUUUUUCUUGUUGGUCUCAAGUGACAAGGAGAUUCACUUUUUUUCCCUAGUCACAAUACCGUGUUUGUCCAGUGGUUGGAGUAGCAAUGGCAGCUGCGAGGAGGCUCAGACCGCUAACUGAGCGUUUCCUUAAAACGCAAUUACAGCAGUUUCAGCGUUUUGGGUGUAGAAAUAGCUUUUAAAGUCCUAUCAAUGGGAGUUGUCGUAUAUUAUAAGUGCUGAUUUGUUGAUAAGAGUUGUUUCUUGUUUAUUGUUACUUGAUAACAUCGACUGAGAGAGGUCUUGUUCUUGUACCUGAGAGAGUACUCAGUAAUUCUAUAAUGGAGUGGUAAAUAUUAACCAAUCUAAUCA